GCAGUUCUCGCGAGAACAGGAUCGCUAUUUGAGCGCAAGCGUAGACCUCUCUGCUCUCUUUUCCGGUUCCCGCGGCCUCCGCAGCCAUGAGCAGCAAAGUGUCCCGCGACACCCUGUACGAGGCGGUGCGCGAAGUCCUGCACGGGAACCAGCGCAAGCGCCGAAAGUUUCUGGAAACGGUGGAGUUGCAGAUCAGCCUGAAGAACUACGACCCCCAGAAGGACAAACGUUUCUCGGGCACCGUCAGGCUGAAGUCCACUCCUCGCCCCAAGUUCUCCGUGUGUGUCCUGGGGGACCAGCAGCACUGCGAUGAAGCCAAGGCCGUGGAGAUCCCCCACAUGGACAUCGAGGCGCUCAAGAAGCUCAAUAAGAACAAGAAGCUGGUCAAAAAGCUGGCCAAGAAGUAUGAUGCCUUUUUGGCCUCUGAGUCCCUCAUCAAGCAGAUCCCACGUAUUCUGGGCCCAGGCCUGAAUAAGGCUGGCAAGUUCCCUUCCCUGCUGACACACAAUGAAAACAUGGUGGCUAAAGUUGAUGAGGUGAAAUCUACUAUCAAGUUCCAGAUGAAGAAGGUGUUGUGUCUGGCUGUUGCUGUCGGCCAUGUGAAGAUGACGGAUGAUGAGCUUGUUUACAACAUCCACUUGGCUGUCAAUUUCUUGGUGUCCUUGCUCAAGAAGAACUGGCAGAACGUGCGGGCUCUGUACAUCAAGAGUACCAUGGGCAAGCCCCAGCGUCUGUACUAGGAUGCCCCAAUCAAUAAACCUCAGUGCUACCA